ACCACUUUACCAGCUGGCAGAGAGCCUUCCUUUUCCGAUUUUCUAUUUCCUUUCCUCAUCCCCAAUCUCUGAUACAUCCCUAAAAACAACUGACGAGAGAUCGAUGAUGAUGAUGAUGAAGAUGCCUUGGAGGAGGAAGAGCAGGAGCUUCCAUCUUCAGCUACAAGGGGCAAUUGGUACCAUUCAAUCUCCAUUCCUAUUCUUAUUUACCAAUUAUUGCCAUUCUUCUACUUCCACACUUGAAGAUGCACGCUUCUUGACAAAUAUCUUCAAAUCUGCUUCUUUUACCCACCUUGAUGAUGCCAUUGCGUCCUUUAAUCAUGUAAUUCAUCAGCAUCCUCUUCCUUCUAGGGCUCAAUUUAGUAGAUUCUUAUCUGCCCUUGUGAAAAUGAAACAAUAUCACACUGUCUUUUCCAUGUCCAAAACAAUUGAAUUGCUAGGAAUCUCACACGAUGUUUAUUCUCUUAGCAUCUUAAUUAAUUGCUUCUGCCACUUACACCUUGUGGAUUUUGGCUUCUCUGUUUUUGGUAAGAUGCUCAAAUUCGGAUUGGAGCCUACCACUGUGACAUUUAAUACCUUAAUUAAUGGGCUUUGUAUGGAGGAUAAAAUCGAUAAAGCAGUGGAAUUUUUCGAUGAUAUGGUUGCACGUGGUUAUCAACCUGAUGUUUGUACUUUUAAUGUGAUAGUAAACGGAAUGUGUAAAUUUGGGAAAACAAGUGUGGCUAUUAGGCUACUAAAGGGAAUGGCUGAUAGAGGUUGUGAGCCAAAUGUUGUGACAUACAGUGCAAUCAUUGACGCCCUUUGCAAGGAUGAGCUAGUUGGUGAGGCUUUAGAGCUCUUCUCUCAAAUGAAGAAUAAGGGCAUUUCACCUAAUGUCAUCACUUACAAUAGUUUAAUUCAUGGUGUUUGCAAAUUAGGCCAAAAGAACCAAGCUUUGGCCUUGAUGAAUGAAAUGGUGGAGCAGAACAUAUCACCUGAUGUUUGUACCUUCAAUGUAUUGAUUGAUGCUCUUUGUAAGGAUGGAAUGGUUUCAGAGGCUCAAAAUACAUUCAAUGUAAUGAUUCAAAGAGGUGUAGAGCCUAAUGUGGUCACCUACAGUUCCUUAAUUGAUGGUCUUUGCAUUUCAGACCAAUUGAAGGAAGCUUUGGCCUUGUUGAAAGAAAUGGUGGGGAGGAACAUAUCCCCUAAUGUUUUUACCUUCAAUAUAUUGAUCGACACUCUUUGUAAGAAAGGACUGGUUUCAAUUGCGCAGAAUAUAAUCAAAAUAAUGAUUCAAAGAGGUGUGGAACCUAAUGUUGUCACUUAUAAUUCAUUGAUGGAUGGAUAUUGUCUGUGCAAGCAAAUUGAUAAGGCUAGAAAGCUAUUUGAUCUGAUGGUGACCAACGGAAUAGCUGACAUUUUUAGCUACAACAUUUUGAUCAAUGGAUAUUGUAAGUGCAAAAUGAUAGAUGAUGCAAAGCAGAUUUUUGAUGAAAUGUCUCAUAAAGGUUUAGUUCCUAAUGCUGUUACUUAUAAUACUCUUAUAAAGGGUAUGUUUCAAGCAGGGAGGCCCCAAAAUGCAAAAGAGCUCUUUAAGGAUAUGUGCUCUCAUGGUCAACAACCAAAUAUAGUAACCUUCUCAAUUAUGAUUGAUGGCUUGUGUAGACAGGGGAAUCUCGAUGAGGCACUCACACUAUUGAAAGCAAUGGAGAAAAGUCAGUUGAAGCCUAAUGUUGUGAUCUAUAGCAGUCUGAUCAAUGGACUCUGCCAACAAGGAUUAAUGGAUGAAGCGUACAAGGUAUUUAAAGACAUGGAAAAGGUAGGAUGUUUACCAACUAACUGUUGUUAUAAUAUCAUCAUUCAAGGGUUUCUCAAGCAUGAGGAUUUACCAAAAGCAUCAGAACUAAUCAACGAAAUGGUUGAUAAGGGGUUCUCUGCUGAUGCUGCUACCACAGAAUUGGUAGUACAUUUGUCGCAGAAAAAUGAUCUCAUUCUGAGGCUUUUAAAGGUGCGCAAUGAGGGAUAAGCAAACUAAAGUUGUUAUAUCUUGACCAUUCAAGUGUAUCUUGGAGCGCAACUUGGUAAUUACCUUUUUCAAAUAUAAUAGAUAUAUAAUUUAACUAACUUCUUCAAAUAUCAUUUUUAAUUUCAAUCAGCUGUGAUUCUCUUCCACAAAACAAAAAUUUCUAAAACCGCAAAUUACCUGUGGUGGAAAUCAUGAUACGUGUGUGCCUUUCGCUUGAAUUCAGACAUGGACUAGAUCUCUUUGAUAUAAGAUUGUUGAUGAAUGGAGGUCAUGGAUUUCUAAUCAUCAAGUUGCUGGUAAACCCAACAUCUCCAUUACAAUUUUUUUUGGCUGCUACUACAGCCUUAACUCGAGAGCUCAGUCCUAAAAUUGAGUUGAGAACUAAAACUAAUUGGUUC